AAAAAAAAAAAAAAUAACACGGUUCCAUAAUCGCCACGUAACCCACCCUCACCGAUCGACGCAAUUUAUCAGUAGCUCGUCACUUCGAUUCAAUCCAUCUCCUGUUCUCUUCAACUUCUACGACUCCCUUCUACAAAUCGACUUAUCCACCAAUUCCCACAUCUCUUUCGCAACGCGUACGACUGUAUCCCCAAGUGGAAUCCGACAUAUCAUCCACCCAAAAGAAAACCUAAUUCGUUGUGCAAAUAUUCCACCAAGUCACUUCUGCCGAUGGUCGGUUGAUUGUUGGUCCUUGAAUCUUCAAAAAGAGGGAAAAUGUAAUGUCCUUGCCAACACUGGCCAAUAGCCUCAUUUUGAAUUACUACACUCUCGGGAUUCCAUGUGAAAUCCAUCGGGAUCCAAUUGCUGAAUUACAUACAAAAUCAAAGAAGAAUGAGCAAUCUAUUAACCCUCCACUGAUCAUCAACUACUCAAAUGUACCAGAUUUACAAUUGAAAAGUGAUUCCAACCAAAACGACCCACACAUGUGUCAUGAUGUUGUGAAAUCACUAGGAGCUACAUUUCUUUUCAUCAUGGGUUCUGUAUUUAUACGAGGGGAAAGAAACAUGACACUAGGUGGUGCAGAGGAUAGAUCACCACACAAAUCUAGAUGGAGACGAGAUAUUUUUGCUUAUCCGGCUGCAAAUGGAAGAAGCGGAGAGGGGAUCUUCAUCUCUGGUGCGUGUCUCUCCGCCGUUGAGCCAUCAUCGUCGCCUAACCCCAACGCCAAAUUGAAGACACCACCGGGUCAUCAUCAUUGUUGGAUUCCACAUCUUAUCUUCAAAUUGGUGUCCAAAUCGAGAAUUGACCCUCUAGGGCUCAUUUGA